AUGCCAUGGACUCAAAAGGGCGACUACUGGGAAACCCCCCUAGACGUCCACGAACAAUUCUUCAAUAAAAUCAAAGACCUCACAAUCCCUACCGGCCGCGAAGGAUGGAUGAUAAUGCUCACUGCAGUCCUAUGCCCCCCAUCAAAAAGAAGAACAAGCAUACUAGACCUCGGACUUGAACUCCGCGACGCCUGGAAAGCUCUUCGAUUUCAGCACCCAGGAAUCGCAACCGAGCUCGAUCCAUCCGGCAAGAACAAGCGAUACUAUCCGCCCCGAAACGAAGAAGAGCUAGAAGCCUGGGCCAAUAACACGUUCCGCAUACUGGAAAACGUCCCCUCGGCAUACGAGGUGCUUCACGGGGACAAAGUGCAGAUCGCACCCCCACACGUCAACUGCUUCUGGAUCCCCGCCACCAAGGAAGUAGCACUUCUUUCAUCACACUGGCGCUGGGAUGCCCGCGGCUCCUUAUGGGUCCUCCGCGAUCUCCUCUCCGAACUAGCCUUAUCACGCAGCUCACCACGAGAAACCAAGGCCCUCUCUCCAUUUUGGUUCAGUGCCCAUGCAGCGCGGCCCAACUUGGCUCCGUCUCUCGACGAACUGGUCCGUAUGCCCGCCAAGCAAGACUGGAAUCCAGACUGGGAAGUACAGGCCACGGCGCUGCAUGCCGAUAGCGUACCGCGUGACGGCACGCCUGCAUUCAGCAUAUCAGCGGACCCGCAAGACGGGACCAUGACCAUGCCGGGCAAGACGACGAGGCUGGAGGUGGUGUACUCGGCUACAGAGACGGCGGACAUACUAGCUGCAAUUCGCGCGCGGGGGCUAACCGUUGCGCCGGCCGUGCAUGCGUCUGUGAUCGAAGAGGCGGUGCGGCUGAAUCCGGGAUCUGCGGCGUCGCGGUUCGUUUCAUAUGGGAUUUUUGAUCUGCGGAGGUAUUGUCCGCCGCUGAGUAAUACGUCUGUGGAAGCGGUUUCGCAUCGCGUGCUGGGAUUACCGUUGAACGUGCCGACGGCUGGAUCGUGGGAUGAGUUGGCGGAGACGCUUAAGAAGUACUAUGGGCGGUCGUGGAUGGAUGAGAGUGGUGGGCUUUUUGUGCGGAGGGUGUUUGUUGAGCAGAUGCUUGAUAAGAUGGGUCAUUCGGAUGUUGUUGUUUCGGAGCCCUAUUUUAAUAGUUUGGGUGUUGUGGAUGAGUAUUUGGGGCGGAGGUUUGGGGAUUUGGGGGUUGAACAUGUGGAAUUUUUGGAUACGAAUGUUACGCGGGCUUUGGUGAUUCAUUGCUUUACGUGGAAGGAGGAGUUACAUGUCAGCUUGGGGCACAAUGAGGCCUUUUAUGAGGAUGAAUUUGUGGAGGAUUAUCUGUUGGCUGUCAGGGAGAAUGUUUUGGAGAAUUUGGGGCUGGGGACUGAGAGGAGCAUUGAAUGA